AUUUCAUGAAAUGUCCAAAAUGUAAGCCAGAAUGCAAGCCGAAUUGUUAGGUUAUGCCCUAGUUGUGACUUGAUAUUUUGAAGCAAAUUAAGCAUCUUAAGUAUUUUCCAUUAUGUCUGACCUCCGAAAAACAGUGCUAGGUCUCCAUACUAAACGUUCCAGCUCCUCAAACUCAAGACUGGCAGCUUCAAAGCAAAAUUUCGGUCCUGUGAAGUGGUCAACCUAUUUCGAGAAAGAAGACACCAUUGAGACACCUAAUGGCAAAUUUCAUGUUUACAGUAAGGGUACCGAAGGCCCCAUUUUAAUGUGUCUACAUGGCGGCGGUUAUUCAGGUCUUACAUGGGCUCUUUUUACUGAUGAAGUUACAAAGACCAUUCACUGCCAGGUAAAGGCACUUGAUCUGAGAGGGCAUGGCAAAACUACUACAAAUGAUGAUUUGGAUCUCUCAUUAGAAACGUUGGCCAAUGAUGUUGUAGAUGUAAGCAAGAAGAUAUUAGAUGGCAGUGAUACUCCUAUCAUUUUGCUAGGCCAUAGUAUGGGAGGUGCUGUAGCAGUAGAAGCCGUUCAACAUAUGGAUAAUGUAGGAGGGUUGUGUGUCAUAGAUGUUGUUGAAGGUACUGCUUUGGAUGCAUUGUCUUCGAUGCAAAGCAUACUCCGAGGACGACCCACUCAUUUCCGCAGUAUACCUCAGGCAAUCCAGUGGUGCUACAAGAGUGGGCAAACCAACAACUUAGAGGCAGCUAAAGUUUCUAUGCCUGGUCAGAUAAUUAGCGUCACAACAUUGAAGUUAGCUGCAGAUGAGUGUGAUGAGGUUGAAACUGAGAAGGAAGAUCUAGAUGCUUUAGGAAGAAGAAGUGUAGCAUCAUCAGCUUGUAGUCUCACUGAGGUGGCAGAAGAGCCUGAAGAAAAAGACAACAUUGUGCAAUCUGGCGAAGAGACAAAAUGCAAUGAUUGUGGUAAACCGCCAUUGCCGAAAUCCCAACGUACCGACGAUUCACCCUCCAGCCCUCAACAGGGCCAGAUGGGGCCCCCUCUAAACGCGCCCCCCAUUCAUCAGAGCGCUACGGAUGCUGCCUUCCAGCACCAGUAUAAAUGGAGGAUAGAUCUCAGCAAGACAGAGAAGUUUUGGACAGGCUGGUUCACCAACCUCUCUCAUAAGUUUUUGGAGGUGAAGGUGCCCAAGUUGCUGUUGUUGGCUAAUAUACAUGGGUUGGAUACCACACUUACUGUUGGGCAAAUGCAGGGAAAGUUCCAGCUGCAAGUGCUGCAAAAAUCCGGCCAUGCUAUUCACGAGGACCAACCGCACAAUGUAGCUGAGCUACUCAGUGGAUAUCUGGUGAAACAAAAGAUUGCUUUGCCAAAGGAUGGAUUUUCACAUAACAAUGUGCCAUCUUGUUAAGAAAGUAUUUAAUACGUCUAGGAAUGGAUUUUAACAAAUUCUGAUUUGAUUUGAAGAGUUUUCUGAUUUUUGUGCUCAAAAUAGCUAUUUUUUAUCAAUUCAUGUAUUUAUAGAUAAUUCUCCUGAACACUAAGGCUCGAAAUACAGUACAUAUAAAGGGUGAUAUCCAUCUGUUGGUUAAUUUUUAAAUCGAUGGUUAAACUGAAAACGCAGAGGUCUUUUUCCAAACAGGUUUUUUAUUUGAGAGUACUAUCCUUUAAGUUAACAAUGAAACACAAUCUCAUUCACAUGCGCACCACUGCUGAGUAUGACGUAGCCGAUUCUGUCGACCCAAUUUUUCAGUACAUUUUCCAAAGUCUAUGGCAUUAUCUCACCAAUGGCUGCAUGACUUGGUCUUCAAGUGCUCAGUCGUCGCUGGGGCAUCCUCAUAGCAUUUAUGUUUUACGCUUCCCCACAAAAAAUACGAGUAAUACAAUCGCAGCUUCGCGGUGGUCAAGUCACAUCAUCAAAACGGCUGAUUACGCGAUUUUCGAACUGUUCUUGACGAAGAGCGAUUGUUUCGCGCCUGGUGUGGCAGGUCGCGCGGUCUUGCUGGAACCACAAGCCAACCAAGUCUUUUUAUCGGUUUUCGAAAAAAAAUAAAUAAAUAAAAAUAAAUAAUAUGCUCCGAUAGCGUACACCGCGUCCUUCAUCUUCGAAAAAAAAAGGGCCAAUAAUGCCACCAAACAGUCACGCGUGGCGGAUGCAUUGGCUUUAAGGUAAUUUCAUUUGGCUAUUCUGAGCACCAAAUAUGGCAAUUUUGCUUAUUGACCUAGCCACCAAGAUGAACAUGGCCCUCGUCCGAAAAAAUUAUUUUUCGAUUAAAAUGGGGGUUCUCGUUCAAGCGUCCAAUUGUGAACGCUUCCCAAUUUAUACCUAACAACAAUGCACCCUUGAGAGACCCUCAAGAGGAGAUUUAUUCCUUGCUUUUCACAGCAAGCUGUAACAGGAAAAGUACGAAUAUUCCAAGAUUAUGAUAAUUUAAAUAUUUGUAAAACAAUGAAAUCUUGCGAAUAUUUUUAAAAAAUAUGGCAUAUCACUGAUCGCACUUACCGGGCACUCCUUAGGGAUAUCUUUGUUUAUACUCUCCAUUUCUCUUUUUGAAUGAACAUAGGGUAAGGGCGGGUAAGAGUACGCUGUUUUCAGAAAACAUUUUAUUUUUAACAAAAUAAAAAAAUUAAACUCAAUUUAUAAAUAUAGGAAAUAACUCAUGGUUCUUAACCCUUAAAUGACAACAUGAAAAUAUUCAUACACGAAUGACAACAUGGGGUCGCAUGUGACCCCAAGCAGGACUACUGUUAUUGAUGAUAUUUUUCAAUAAAAAAAUUAAUUAGUUUUAGGCAGAGAAAACAUAAGGAAUACAACAUUCUUAAAUACAAAAUGAACAAACAGCCUGGCUGUGUUACGCUUGCAUGUUACACAGUUAUCUCUGCCUUUUCUGCCUACAGUUCUGGGACAUAUAUGGAGCAGCGUUUAUUUCCUUUGGUUUCCAGUAUAGGUGAUACCUGGUUUACAAUAUCCCGUUCUGCUAUAUCCAAUACCUGUGAUAAAUUUGUUAUUUCAAGCAUCCUCUUCAUGUGUUAUUUGGCAAGCUCUUCACCCAGCUGCAUUAGUAACAUUAGUCGCGGUGUUUUCAUAGUAUUAGAACUAUUGGGUUCGUAGAGCAGAUAAGAAUUCACAGCACCCCCAUCAAGCAUACUGUAUAAUACUCUAAGAGGCCAUAUUUUCGUUCUUGAUACGGACUUACUGUGUCAUAGCUGGUAAAAAACAUCGACUCUACCUUUGAUAGCAUUAGAAAAUAAAUUAAUUUCGGAUUUCCCUGAAUUCCGGUCAACCUCGUUAUCGUUAUGCAUUGUUUACAUGAGUAUUACUACCUUAUUUUUUUUAGGAAAUGAGACGCCAAAACUACCUCUCCAUCGAAAGCAAAUGUGUUAGGCUCUAAUAUUUUUGGUUUAAGAAAUUCGGUUGGAAUUUCUGGUUUAUUUUUCCACAAACGUUAGUCCUACUUCCUUCAAUGAUUCUGCCAUGUCCAUAGAGGAAAACCAAUUAUCUACAGUGAUAUUUCUAUUAGUUUUGUCGAUUGGUUCGGGUAAUUUUAGAAUAUAUUGUGUCGGUAACGGAAGGUUAGUUGCACGACCUUCUUUGCCAAUAUACGGUAUUGCUGAAAACAUAUAGAACAUUUUUGCAUCACACAAGAUCAUUAUUUUGAUGCCGUAUUUAUCAGGCUUAUUUGGGAUAUACAUGCGAAAUGGACAGCUGCCUCGAACACCGAUAAGUUGUUCAUCAACAGUAACGUAUUCCGCUGGCGUGUAAGUAUUUCGACAAUUUUCAACAUAUCUUUCUCAAAUAUUUCGAAUAGCACAAAAAUUAUCUAAUUCUCUCCUUUGGUUUCGGGCUGUUUUAUCAUUGAAUUAAAGAUUUUUUAUACGAAAAGAAAAUCUGCUUUUGCUCAUGGUGACUCUAAAAACUGGUGCGCCAAACUUUUUAGACCACAGCUCCUCUAGGUUAACAUGAUUAUUCUUCAAUAUACCACUUAUGUAUAGUAAACUAAAAAGUGCUACUAAUUCCGUUUUAUCGGUCUGUCCUGUAUAUCUUUGUGAUGUUUAAAACUGUGUCUGAUUGCUGCUUAUUUCUUCAUUUGUAUGAGUAACAAUUGUAUGCAUGAUGUUCUCAUCAAAAAACAAUUUCCACACCUCAAAUUCGGUUUUCGCAGUACUUUAGGCCCAGGAAGAUGCAGAACCAAAUUUUUCUUCAUUGUUCGUGCAUUUUUUGCAUGAAAAGGUUUCAAGUUCCAUUUGUAACAAUUUUUUCCAUAAAUCACUUUUCUUUGUAGAUCUGCUAACAGUAUCUCAUCGUCGGAUGACUCGUCUUUAAUAGGUUCAUACACUAUUUCGUCGACCUACACUUUUUCUUCUUCCUAACGAUCUUCAGCUUCACUUCCACUAUCACUCAAGUCAUUAUUACUAUAGUCACUAUCCUCUUCCCUCUUUCGUAGUGACUUACAAUCUUUUCGAGUUCUUUGUCACUUAAAUAUCUUUUAUGCGUAGACAUAGUUUUUUAUUCCGCAAAUAACAACACGGGUCACGGGCGACCCCAAUAACCUAUAAAUCGGAUAAUAAUUGUCGACC